CCUGGCUGUCACCGUGUUCCUGGAGCCUCACAUCCCUCUGUCUGCCUGUGACAACUUCAGCUGAUUCCCCGCAAAAACUUCACCAUGAGCGGCGACCACGAACACAGAGAGGCACAGGUCAAUUGUGGAUCUAAAGGAAAUGACUCUCACAAACAUAAAGAGAAGCACAGAGACAAGGAACACCGACACAAAGACCACAAGAAAGACAAAGAACGGGAGCGCUCCAAACACAGCAACAGUGAACAUAAAGAGCACUCUGAGAAAAAACACAAAGAUAAACUGAAGCACAGUGAUGGCUCCGAAAAACAGAAGGAGAAAGAGAAGAGGAGAGAGGACAAGGUGAAAUCCUCCCAUAUAGACAAGCCUAAGAAAGAAAAAGAGAAUGGAUAUGUCCGAGAUUCAAGUCCUGUUAUUAAGAGCGAGCCUGAGGAAGACAAUGGCUUUUACACAGUUUCAAAGCACAAGCCAUCCAAACGAGAGUAUGAUGAUGAAGAGUUUGACUAUAAACCCAAAAAGGUAAAAACAGAACAUGAGAAAAAGGCCAAGAAGAGAAAACACGAAUAUGAAGAUGAUGAGGAUGAAGAGGACAUAAAACCCAAGAAGACAAAAGAUAAAAGUGGAAAAGAUGGGAAGAAAAACAAAAAAGAUGAGGAAGAGAAAUGGAAAUGGUGGGAGGAGGAAAGAUACACAGAUGGAUCUAAGUGGCGCUUCCUUGAGCACAAGGGCCCAGUGUUUGCGCCUCCCUAUGAGCCUAUGCCCGAUAAAGUCAAGUUUUACUACGAUGGAAAACCAAUGAAGCUUAGCGCCCCAGCUGAGGAAGUAGCCACUUUCUUUGCCAAAAUGUUGGAGCAUGAAUAUACCACUAAGGACAUCUUUAGAAAGAACUUUUUCAAAGACUGGAGAAAAGAAAUGACUCCAGAGGAAAAGUCAAAAAUUACUGACCUAAACAAAUGUGACUUCAGUGAGAUGAGUGCAUACUUCAAAGCUCAAUCUGAGGCAAGAAAACAGAUGACGAAAGAGGAAAAGCAGAAAAUCAAAGAGGAGAAUGAGCGGAUCCUUCAGGAAUAUGGAUUUUGCAUCAUGGACAAACACAAGGAGCGGAUUGGGAACUUUCGGAUCGAGCCUCCUGGACUUUUUAGGGGACGAGGGGACCACCCAAAGAUGGGAAUGUUGAAACGACGGAUCAGACCUCAAGACAUCAUCAUCAACUGCAGCAAGGACUCCAAGAUACCCAAACCUCCUCCCGGAACAAAGUGGAAGGAAGUACGUUAUGACAACAAGGUGACCUGGCUGGCCUCCUGGACAGAAAACAUUCAGGGCUCCAUCAAAUACAUUAUGUUGAACCCGAGCUCAAGGAUUAAGGGUGAGAAAGACUGGCAAAAAUAUGAAACGGCACGGCGACUGAAGAAGUGUGUGGAUCGUAUCCGGAGUCAGUACAGAGAUGACUGGAAGUCAAAGGAAAUGAGGAUUAGGCAGAGGGCAGUGGCGCUGUACUUCAUAGACAAAUUAGCACUAAGAGCUGGAAAUGAAAAGGAGGAAGGAGAGACGGCAGACACAGUCGGCUGCUGUUCACUGAGGGUGGAACAUAUCAAACUUUAUCCCAAACUGGAUGAGCAGGAGUAUGUGGUAGAGUUUGAUUUCCUGGGAAAAGAUUCAAUUCGCUACUACAACAAGAUCCCAGUAGAGAAAAGGGUCUUUAAAAACCUGCAGUUGUUUCUUGAAAACAAGCAGCCAGAAGAUGACCUAUUUGACCGAUUAAAUACUUCAAUUUUAAACAAGCACUUACAGGAGCUAAUGGAUGGACUCACAGCUAAAGUGUUUCGAACCUACAACGCUUCCAUCACUCUGCAGCAGCAGCUCAAAGAGCUCACAUGUGCUGAUGACAGCGUCCCGGCUAAGAUCCUGUCAUACAACAGAGCCAACCGGGCGGUGGCCAUUCUCUGUAACCACCAGAGAGCUCCACCCAAAACCUUUGAAAAGUCCAUGCAAAACCUCCAGACCAAAAUUGAUGACAAACAAAAUCAGCUGUCCACAGCACGGAAACAGUUAAAAGCUGCUAAAGCUGACCACAAGGCUUCCCAUGAUGAAAAGAGCAAAAAAACUGUGGAGAUGAAGCGAAAAGCAGUCCAGAGAAUAGAGGAGCAGCUGAUGAAGCUCCAGAUGCAGGCGACAGACAGAGAGGAGAACAAACAGAUCGCUUUGGGCACGUCCAAACUCAACUACCUGGACCCACGCAUCUCUGUCGCCUGGUGCAAAAAGUAUGGCAUCCCGAUUGAGAAGAUCUACAACAAAACUCAGAGGGAGAAGUUUGCCUGGGCGAUUGACAUGGCAGAGAAGGAUUACGAGUUUUAAAACACACACGUGUUUCUUUCGUCAUACCUUUGAUUGUAAAGAUGGUUUCCUGUUGAUGUCAAAUGAAUCCACUUUGUGGCUAAAGCAGGACUGUAAAGAACAAAAAGCAAAUACAGGCGCAUGUCCAUAGAGGCAAUUAUUUAAGAGGUUUUAUAGUUACUUUAAAAAGGUGAAAUGCAUAUAAUCUGAUUUGAAAACAAAAUCUAAAUUAUAAAAUACAUUUCUUUUUUUUUUUUUUUAUUAUGUUUUUGUAGUAAUAUGUAUAUGCACUUAAAACUUUACUUAAAAUAACAUAAUAUAUUUACCAUCCAUAUUAUUUAUUUACAUGAUUAUUGUUAUUCAAUGAUUUAAAUAACAGGAUCACAUUAUAAGAUUCAUAGAAUACUUAAUUUGACUUUUAUCACUAACUGUAAGCCAUAACCAUCACUAUAUAAUCAUGCAUAUUGAUUUGUAUUAAACUGCUGAUGUGGCUAUUGCACAAUAGACAUGCGCCUUGACGAACAGAGACGAUUUAUUACAAUGUGUAUGUAUGAAUUUACUCAAGAAUCAACAAUCAUGUGAUCAAACUACAACUCUUGGAAUACUAGAAUUAUCAAAAUAGUAUGUAUGUAGCCGAUGUCCGCCCCAAAAAUGGACACUUUUGUUUUAUUUGAGAUGACUUAGAUUAGUAAGCCAUCAGAUUUAUGGACAAAAUUCUAUAUUCUCAUAGGAUUAUUAACUAGUAAAUGUGUGAGGACCUGUGAGAGCCAUGUGAUAGGAAGGAAAGUGUACAUGAAUAUUUAUUGAAGUUUUUGUAUGUUGAGACAAAAUGCGCCUGAGAGACAAAGGACUGGGUGUAUCUCCAAUGUAAGCACUUGUUAAUAUUAAUAUUGCCAUAGUUUCAUUACUUUACAGUUUUGCAUUUUAUUUCAGGGAUGUAUAUAUUUUUUUUCAUUAAGCUGUAUACAUUGUGAGCUAAAGCCUCUCCUCACUGCACGUACACCUAUCAGGUAUAAC